AUGAUCGAUUCUUGCGAAGCAACUUUUCAUUGAGACGAAUACUCAGGAAGAGAAUGUGUGACCUCGUUUACCAACGAGUUUAAAGGAAUAUUCAUGGCACAGCUUUGAAGACGUCGUCAACAUGGCUGGAGGAUUGAAGUGCAAUCCCUUAACUGUUUCCCUGGUAAUCGUUGGUACCCUGCUCGCCAUAACCUGCAUGUUCGUCUUUGUGAUCACCAAUGUACCGCUAGAUUUCGACACGUGUGAGGAAGAGCCCGGCGUUGUCAUAGAAACCGAGAUCAUUCGGUAUGGAAUCGUCAUCAGGGUCGAUGCCGAAUCUGCUCAGCCAAAGCUCUUCUCAUGGAGCUAUGACAUCAACAGAACCAUGUCUCGCGUGCAGCGCCAACAGUACUCGUGCAAACACAAGACGAAAGCUGUCAAGAAUCCUCAGGCAUUCCGCCGGUCGUGCUUGGAUGAAAUCAGACGUAUCGUUCCGCGGGACCACCGCGAAAAUACCGAGAUAUACCUCGUCAGGCGGGACACGAUCAACUCGGCACGACUCGUGCCAAACCUUGCAUCAGUCCGUAGCACCAUCGCAUCAUAUCCCUUCAACACCAGCCGGGCAGACCUCGCAGAUCCCUCCGUAAUCACGGACGACGAUCUCGCUAGGUAUCGCUGGGUCGCGGAAAAUGACGCGCUUGGAACAGUUCACUCCGACUUAAUGAAAAGCAACGAUGACUUUACGGGCAGCUUGAGACCGACUCACGGACUUCUUGACAUGGGGAGCAUCUCAGCACGAGUAACCUUCGCCGUGUCAGACGGGGGAGGUGUCUCCUCAUCGACCCGCUCCAAUGGCGCGAGACCUGUGCAGCUGUACGGUAGGGACUACGCGCUGUACACGCGGAGCUUCCCUUGUUACGGUCUUCUUGAGGUUGGCAGGUGGUUUAAGGAGCAACUUGUGUCUGAGUUGUAUAAUUCGUCAUUUGGGGCGAUUUCUAACCCGUGCGCACCGAGCGGUUUCACUGAAACACUGUCCAGCCCACGGAAGGGUUCGCCGUGCUCCACGCAAACCCUGGCCCAGGACGACCGUCUUGCACCCACGGACGCUGGAGAAACGGAACGGUCCAACCAAACCAGGGAGGAGAGAUACACCCUGGAAGGCGUGGGGAAUUCUACGGACUGCCACCGGCGAGUGAGGAUGCUGACUCUGGAGGGUGAAGAGUUGCCGGAAUUCAAAGGAGAUUUUAUAGCAUUCUUUCCAGAGUUGCCGUUUGAUGUGGCUGAUAUUUCUGGUGUGGACUCUUACAUUGAUGCGACAUAUUGCAACUGGACGGGUACACCGGCCGAGGCUUUUUCUAGGGAAGUAAACUCGACCGGCGUGAACUCAUGUUUUGUCAUGAUAUUUCUGAGGGCGUUGAUAUUUGAGGGAUUCAAGAUCGACCAAACGACGUGGGAACGCGCUGUCAUCAGGCAAGAGGAAAGUACGACAGCGCAGGACCCCAGCUGGCUCCAGGGCUUCAUGGCCGCCACAGCCAGCGAGUUCCCUCCUCCUCCGGGCCCAUGCGUGCUGUCCGAGGAGAACCGCUUGGCAUUGGAGCGUAAGCAGGCCACUGUUACUGCACUGAUCUUGCUGAUACUCGGCGGUCUGUUGAUAGUGGGCUUGGGAUACGGUAUUGCAUGCAGGCGGGGCGGGGAUAACAACUGGGUGCCGUCGCCUCUGGCCAUGUAUCAGUUCCAGGAGGGCUGAUUUGCACCCAAAAAAUACAUGGAGAGCAGUAUAGUGGGAGCGUACUGGUCUACGCCAAUUGGACGAGGUUGGCAGUGGUUUCGCUGGUCGCCAUCCUAAAAUAUCUAUGAUGCCCCAUCCAAGGGCGCUGGUAGCCUAUUCCUUUGAGCUCAUUGGAUAAAUCCUGUUCCUUGCUCUAUGGAUAAAUUAAGUUUAGUGACGAGCAGAUGUCAUCAGCCUCGACUCCAUGGGCACGUGCGCGUUCCCGCAAGGCAUGAUGGGAAACAACAUGGCGCAGCAAGAUCGUACCCAUGGGGAACGAGGCUGAGAUGUCAUUGCUUCCGCGCGCUCACAUCACGCACCCAUUGCGCAAAAAAAGCAUGACAUGCACAUUAAUUGUUAUUAGCUUUGGGACGCCUUUUUGAAAGGGAUAAGCGCCCUCCAGCGCCCAUGGAUAGGGCAGCGGGACGAGCGAUGGGUUUGGUAUAAAAAGAAUUUUGCUUUUAAAGUUUUUGCCAAGAACAUUUUUUUGUAUACUUAUAGUCUUUUUGAUUUAUGACGUGCACGUUAGAGACGAAGAAGUGGUUAAGUUAACUGAAUACUCGAACCCUGAUAAGAAGAGCACUGUAAAUACACACCCUGCUUAUGACAAGCAAAUUAUUAGGUCCCAAGUCUUUGCUUUUCUUUGUUUUCCAUUACUAUCAAUACAAGGUACCUGUUAUACCAAGGUAAUUU